GUAAGAAGUUACCGGAGCACGUGGAACAAUUAUUAUAUUCAUUGUACAACUACUUCGUUGCAAGCCCUAAAAGACAGCAAGGUUUGGAAGACAUACAGGAGAUAAUGAACAUGACGAAACAGAAGCUCCUUCAACCAUCGAGAACAAGGUGGCUAGCACUGUCACAAUGUGUCGAAAGAGUUCUGAAUCAAUGGAAUGCUCUUUACACAUAUUUCGCUGUAGAAUCGUGUACAAUGGCAAAUCCAUUAUUUCCCGGGAUGUCCCUGGAGGAAAGCAUAUUUCACAGGAUGAACUAUCCAUUAACGAAGGUGUACUUGCAGUUUUUCAGUUACAUCCUUCGGAAGUCCGCCAAUUUGAACGCUCGUCUCCAAACGAACGACAUACUAUUACACUCUUUAUAUUUAGAAUGUGCAGACUUUCUAUUAGCGUUAGCAACCAAUUUUAUGCAACCUGAAGUUGUAACAAGGAACGACUUACAUUCAGUAGAUCCGUAUAAUGCACAAUAUUUAUCACCAACGGAUCAAAUUAACAUCGGGCAAAAUGCACGUGAUAUUGUUUCUGAAUUCACCUCAUCAACGGAGGAAGAGAAAGAAGAAAAAAUAACAGCGUUCUACAUUAAAAGACUGCCGUUCCAGGACAACUCCAUACGCGACUUGUCUUUUCUCAAACCAAAAAAUGCUCUGCAAAAGCACAAAAGCUUCGGACAAUUAGAUUCGAUAUUUAGAAAAUUCAAUUCCAAAAUUGAGGAAAUGGAUGUCAUGAAUGAGUGGCAUAAGCUCGGACGGCUCAUUGAACAAAAUGAGGAGGACGAUCUGUCUGAAUUACAGCCACUACAAUUUUGGAGGAAAAUACACAAUGAACAAAUGGUUCCCAACAUUUCAAAAUUGGCGAAUAUGUGUCUAUGUAUUCCGCAUUUGAAUGCAGAAAUAGAACGUUUCUUUUCAAUGGUCCAUGAGGUACAGACUUUCGAUAGGAAUUGUUUACAUCCUAACACUGUCGCUGCAAUUACAAGGACAAAAUUGCACUUAAAAACACUCAAAAAACGUGCAUGGACUAUCCAGUUACAAUCGACAUGUGGAAAUUAUUCAAUUCGACAAUGUAUAAGAAAGAAUAUAUCACACGUAAUUAUACAAGAUGAAACAGAGGACAGUGACAGUACAAAUACUGAUGCUGAAUAAAUAUCUUUUUAAACAAA